CUGUCUUCUCUGCUUCGUUUGCUCCAGCAGCGCCUCCAUCCAGCCGGUGACGGGUGACCGACGGCGACUCCGGCGACCAAGGCCGCUUGCUGCGUUAUUCCGUUGAGGAGGUGCGCGGCUGGGCACCACCCCCCUCCACCCGGCUGCCUUGGGCGAUUCCGGCUACCAAGGCGAAAGGCCUUGAGAAACGAAGCGAAGUGCACUGAAGUCUGAAGAGCUGAACCUCUUGUCAGCUCCAGCAAACUAGCAGAGUCUUCUAUCACCAAACAAGCUAAGGGCCGCGAUGUCGUUACGACAGCUACUUGGAUGGUCAGAAGGGGACGUGAUGCGGCCAGAGUCAAAGCCCUGCUCCCGUCUGAUGCGUCACACUGCUGGCAUCUUCUCCGUUGGUGGCGGCCUUGCUUUCUGGGUGCUCUGCCGCCUUCACUAUGGUCCAAGGAUAACUGUUCCAAGGAGUCUCAGGUGGGCAUCAUGCGGAGCAGUCUCUUGUAGCGCGACAUCGGCGGUGCUUGUGCGGCUCUUCAGCCCGGAGUGUGAACCGCAGAACAUAGCAGCCUAUGACAGACCUGAGCACAGGCCUGCAUAGUUUCAUGAAAUCUCAGGGGCCAGUCUAGGAAGACCCAUGUGAGCUUUGCUGAUUCUGUUCAGGAGGUCGAUUUAUGUCUCCGUGGAAUAUGUUUAUGAGUAAUGUAGCCUGCUCUUAAUCUGAAAACCUAUCUCCCUCGAUAUUUCCUGGCUCGCCAUCACUUUUUACUCUGAUGAUCUGGUGCAUGUAGCAUCAAAGUUGUUUCUCCGACGCUUGCAAAUCGAGUAUGGUGUACUGGAAUCGAGGUGCCACAUUUUCGAAAUGAUGUGUUAAAUUUACUUA